GUCGGGCCACCCGUGUGCACCCAGAGUUUCCAGACAUGGACCAGAACCUCUCACAGCUGGUGGAAGAGCUUACGACUUCGGGGGAGCCCCGGCUGAACCCCGAGAAAAUGAAGGAGCUCAAGAAAAUAUGCAAGUCUUCCAAGGAGCAGCUCAGCCACGCCCACCGCCUGCUGAUGACGCAGCUGGCCUGGGAGCAUGCCGAGGUCCGCCUGUCCGCCUUCCAGAUCCUGGAGGAGCUCUUUGCCCGGUCACACCACUUCCGGCUGCUGGUGGUCGCCGACUUUCAAGAGCUGCUGGAGCUGACGCUGGGCACAGACCACGAGCAGCCCCUUCCGCCGCCCCGGGAGGCUGCCCAGCAGCUGAGGCAGGCGGCCAUCCGGGCCGUCGAGGGCUGGAACGCCAAGUUUGGGGAGGCCUACAAGAAGCUGGCUGUGGGCUACCACUUUCUAAGACACACCAAGAAGGUGGAUUUUCAAGACCAGCAUGCGAGGACUGUGGCGGAACGGAGGCGGGAGGAGGAGAAGCAGAAGCACUUGGACAAAAUCCACAGGGAGCGAGCAGAGCAGGCCGCCCGGGAGAUGGAAGAAGCGUCUGAGGAAAUCCAGUCAUGCCUGACAGAAGUGAACAGCUGCUUCCGGCUGCUGCUGCCCUUUGACCUCGGUCCUGGCUUUCCCUACGGGGUUCCUGUGCCGUUGGGCGGUGGUGCCCCUGUGCCAUUGGGCGGCGGUGCCCCUGGCUGCUCGGCCUCUUGCCCCCAGGAUGAGGAUGAGGAGCAGCCAUGCUGUAGCAAACACUUGCUGGCCUCUGGAGGGCCCCCAGAAGUCACCAGUCACAGAGAGGGGUCACCCCAGGCAGCCCCAGAGGACCCCUCAGAAGAGGAGUUGGACAGUGACCCAGAAGAGUUUGUGCGGAGCCAUGGGCUGGGCUCGCACAAGUACACACUGGAUUUGGAGCUGUCCUCAGAUGGCCUGAGGAUCCUGGAGAGUGAAGACAAUGCGGCCAUCAUGGACGCUGCCCGGGACGCACUCAAGCUCAUCCACAGCCAGUUUCUGCCGGCUGUGGGCAGCUGGGUUCAGCGGUUCACCCGGGUAGGGACCCACGGUACGCACCUGAGACACGCAAUCGACCUCAAGUCAGAGUUGGAGCUUGCGCUGCUGAAGGGCCGGGAGCUGGACCUGGAGCCCACAGAGAGACCGAGGCGCGGGGCGUCGGUGCUUGAGGACGAGGACGAGGACUUCGUGGAGGUACCCGACAAGGAGGGCUUUGAGGCUCACAUCCCAGCCCACCUCCGGGCAGAGUACGGGCUGGAGCCUGAGGCCCCGCCGACCUCAGGGAAGGACCACGUAGCACGGCGCACCUCAGAGAGGAUCAGGACGAGGCAGAACGAGGAAGUGUUGGACCCCACCUCUGCCGCCGCCCAGCUCCAGCGGCUGCAGGGCCGUGUGCCCCCACUCCCACCCUCCAGUACCCCUAGAGUGCUGCUGGAGCCAGAGGAGGCCCAGAAGCUAGCGGCCGAGCGGGCCCGGGCGCCUGUGGUGCCCUUCGGAGUGGACUUGUGCCACUGGGGCGAGGAGCAGCCAGUGGCUGGCAAGAUCCUCAAAGCCCCCUCUGAGCACCGCUUCUGGAAGCCCAGCGAGGUGGAGGAGGAGAUGUGCAGCACGCAUGUCUCGGAGGCCCUCUGCACGCGCCGCAUCCCCUUUGCCGGCAGCUUCACGCCAGUGCAGCACCGGUGCCGCGCCCCAAGGCCCGAUGGCCGGCUCUGUGAGCGCCAGGACCGGCUGAAGUGUCCGUUCCACGGCAGGAUCAUCCCCAGAGACGACCAGGGACGGCCUCUUGACCCUGAGGACAGGGCCCGGGAGCAGCAGCUGGGGCAGCGCCCAGACUGGAGGGACCCGAAGUUCAUGAGAGAUGUGGAGGCGGCCACAGGGGAGGACCUCGGCUCCUCGAGGGGUCAGGGCAAGAGGAGACGCAAGUACCCCAGCCUCACAGACCUCAAGGGCCAGGCCAACACUGCCCGCGCCCGCAUCAGGAAGAAGGUCUUCGCCAAGGCAGCUGUCCGCAGGGUGGUCACAGCCAUGAACCAAAUGGACCAGAAGAAGCAUGAGAAGUUUGCCAACCAGUUCAACUAUGCGCUGACUUAGGGCAGGCAUAGUGCGGCGAAGGUGGUACCUGGCCCCAUGCACACCUUCUUCUUCCGUGUCCCCAGCUGGCCUCAGGCUCCUCCCUAGA